GGCCGAAAAAGAUAGUCAAAAUAAAGAUUUUUCUAAAAUUAUAGACAGCACUUAUCACCCUAAGAGAUUUUAUGCAUUCUAUUCCUUUUUUCCAAACAAGUCCAUGGUAUCGAGUGAAGAUGAUGGAAGUGAACAAGAAGAUUGCAAUUUCAGUUUAAGUGUGGCUGCUACUAAUCUACCAGCAUCAGCAGAAACAGACUUAAGAAGAACACUUGGUAAUAAAUUAUCAAAAGUUUCCCAUUUACCAGGGUGUGGUAAUUUUCUAUCAUUGGGUCUUAGUUCUUCAGAUGAUACAAGUAAUUCUGCAGUAUGUUAUUACAAUGUAUUAAGUUUAUCUUCUCCACCAAUUGAUGAUAAUGAUGCUGAUAACACCAAUAAGCAAUUUGUUGUUUGUUUUGUUUCCUUCUCAGAUACUUCAUUAGAUUUAUUUAGACUGGAGUUAGAUAAUUAUUGUAAAUGUAUAGUCAAACAUCUAGAUUCAGAGACAUCAUUAUCUGAUUAUGUUCAACCCACACAACCGUUAUCACAGAUUGAUAGUAAAUUAAAGGAGUACUUAAAUGAAUGGCAUGAAUCAGUUUUAGAAUAUUUAAAGAGAUGUGUAGAGUUGUUUGGAGAUAAAAUAUAUUAUUUAAUUUUUACUGCAUUAUUAGAUGGUAAUUUAAUGAUAACUGGUGCAGGUCAGGAAGUACAAGAGGAUAUCAACAAGUUUAUUCAGUGUUGCAGUAUAUCACCAUUAGUUGAACAGUUACAAUGUGAAACUGAUGAUACACUGGUAGACGUUAGAAAUCAACCUAUUAUUAAACUACAUCUAGAAUCUAACAAUAUUAUAUUUGAUACUAACGGUAACAUUCCAUGUAAAUUUUGUAAAUUAGCUGGUGAUCAUCUGUUAACUAUAGACUCAAAUAACAUUACUAAAUUACGAGACUCUUUAGAAUCAGUUAAACUAGCAUUUAUCCACAACUUGAACAAAGUGAAAAGAUUUUUAAAGCAAGCAGAAAUAGAUCAUUAUGCGUUAUAUAGGUCAUAUUUAUAUUUACGAAAAUGUGGGUCUGGUGAAUUGUUAGUAAGAUAUGUGAAACUGGAUGCUUCGACAGAAACUUUGAGUGUAUUAAAAACUUUAGAGGAAUUCAUUGAGAACCAAGAAACACCAUUGCAGUGA